AUGUUUUCGUCCUUUUCCAGCAGAAGCAGCGCUUUGUCGAUGUGUUUACAUCGCGUGGCAGAAAUGUCUCUGAAGACCGUGGGCACCGCUUUGACCCGCACAAUACUAGCGAGAGGAAACGGGACUCCUCCUGUUGCCAGGUCCACUAAAGCGAGCAGAAUCUCCACCUCCUGCUCGUUGCUCGCAGACAGGCAACAAGGGCAAAGUCAUGAACGCAUUUCGGGCAGGCCGACUGGCGACGCGCCCUCACCCAGCGAGCCGCCUCACACGCGCACAGCGGCGGACAAGAAGAGAGCUCCGGAGACCGUGGGUGCUCCGGGUGUCCCCGGUGUGAAGAGACGGUCGUUCACCUCCGACGCUGCAGCCACAGACCAGAGAGCCUACCUGUGGGCUCGAUACAAUGACCUGAAGCGGCUGGUGCACGAUCUGAUCCCACCAGGUGCAUGCAAGUCUCUGAACGCUGCCGCUGUCUAUGCUAACAAUGAGGUAAACUUGGCUGAAGUGGAUAUCUAUGGCUUCGACUAUGACUACACACUGGCUCUGUACUCAGACGCCCUCAACACAAUGAUUUACAACACAGCAAGACGCUUCCUCAUCGAACACUUCAAGUAUCCAGAGGGCAUCCGCAAAUAUGACUACAUCCAAAACUUUGCAACUCGGGGUCUUCACUAUGACAUCCAGAAGGGCCUUCUGAUGAAGAUCGAUGCUUUCCAUUACAUUGAGCCAGGAACGGUAUAUCGGGGUUUGAGCCCAGUACCAGACGACGAGGUUCUUCAGCUCUAUGGUGGGACCUUCCAUGUGCCCCUGCAGCAGGACAGUGGUUUCUAUGGAAAGGGGCCAAAAGUGAAGCAGUUCAUGGACAUCUUCUCCAUUCCUGAGAUGACUCUCCUGGCCGUGGCAAACGAUUUCUUCAUCACCAAUGACAUUGACUAUGAUCCGGUUCACCUCUUCAAGGACGUCUCUGAAGCAAUUGGCAUGGUUCAUCUCAAAGGCUACAUGUACAAAUGGGUCAUGCAAGAUCUUGAUAACUUCAUUUUGAGAGGAGAAGAGACGGAUGCCGUUUUGCAUCAACUGGUCACUCACGGAAAGAAACUGUUCCUCAUUACUAACAGUCCCUUCAGCUUUGUGGAUAAAGGAAUGACGCACAUGGUGGGAAAAAACUGGAGGGACUUCUUUGAUGUUGUCAUUGUGCAGGCAGACAAACCUCAUUUCUUCACCGACUGUAUCAAACCUUUCAGACGCCUGGAUGAUAAUGGAGCCCUUCGGUGGGAAAAGAUUACCAGUCUGGACAAAGGACAAAUUUACAAACAGGGGAACUUGUUUGACUUUCUCAGACUGACUCACUGGCGAGGCUCAAAGGUUCUUUACUUUGGAGACCAUCUUUAUAGUGACUUGGCUGACCUUAUGUUGCGACAUGGCUGGCGUACAGGAGCCAUCGUACCUGAGCUGGAGAAUGAAACCAAAGUGGUGAGCACUGACAAAUACGCCCUGAACCUCACCUGGCUGCAGGCUUUAACGGGCUUGAUGGAACGCCUGCAGAUGCACCGAGGCACAGAGUCUAAAGAGGUUUUUCAGGAAUGGCAAAGGGAAAGGGAAGAACUCAGGGUGAUGACAAAGAACCUGUUCAAUCCUCACUUUGGCAGCAUCUUCCGAACGUGUCACAACCCCACCUACUUCUCCAGGCGUCUGAGCCGUUUCUCAGACAUCUACAUGACCAAUCUUAGCAGCCUUUUGAAUUAUGACCAGUCGUACACUUUCUACCCCCGUCGCACCCCUCUGCAGCACGAAGCCCCUCUGUGGAUGGAUCAGCUUUGCACAGGCUGCAUGAAGACGCCGUUUCUGGAGGAUAUGUCUAUCAUAAGAUGAGAGAAUCGGAGGAUGAGAGCUGUGCUCUCUUGAGUGACUGAUGGGAUUUCGUAUCUUAGGACUGGCAAACACUUGAGAUAGCCUGAGGUUAUCCUUUAUACAGAAAUUUUACAUUUUGUCUGAGAAGAUUCCGCACAAUUCUCUUCCACAGGACACAGUUUCUGUUCAGCAGAGUGAGCACUUCCCCGUUGAGCUCACAAGAGGGUGCUAUAGAUCUCGCUGCUGUACAGAGACCGUAUGUAAACAUGUACUACAGGACUGACAAUCUGGUUUCUGCCUGAAUAAAGCUAUGGAGUACUGGGCUGCAAUCGCACAAUGUUAACAAAUAAAGUAUUAAAGUUGCAUGUAAA